ACCCGCAACGGUCCGCCGUGUCCUUUGGCGCCAUCUUCUGGUAGCUUCUGGCUUCUGUCCUCCAACACAGAAGAAGAAAGUUCACGGUACUAGGCAACCAAAGCAAACUGUCACUUGUUAACUGGCGUCUGGAAAACAACACGUUUGAACAACAAAUUCAUCAGAGACCCCACAUCGUUCAGCAUUGCAAACAUGUCCUGUACUACUAAUAACAACUCCAAGCCAAAGUCCAUUAGCAGAGCCAAAGGAUGGACGGCAGAGGUGGAAAACCUAUUCAGAUUCCAGCAGGCGGGCUACAGAGACGAACUGGAGUACGUUCAAGUCAAACAAGGGGCUUUGAUCGACAAAUGGCCAGAGACCGGCUUUGUGAAGAAGCUGCAACGUCGAGACGACACAUUUUAUUACUACAACAAGAAAAGGGAAUGUGAGGACCGCGAUGUCCACAAAGUCAAAGUCUAUGCAUAUUAAGGUGUUCUGGACUUUAUCCAUGUAUCAUUAUGAUACAACGGUAGCCCGUCAACACACAGUAUGGGCACAAACACACCCAUUUUGAAGAAGAAAUAAAGGAAAACUGCAUUUGAGAACCUGACUGAAGUUUGUUUGUCAAAAAUAGCAAGGUUGCCUGUUUAAUUUAUCAUCUCUAAACUUUCAAAAGCAAUUUUUAAUACACUAAAAAGCUCAGAAUUUAAGGCUGUCUGCUACAGUUAGAUGUGUGCAUGACAUGAAUAAAAAAUAGAAGAGAAUAUGAGGUAAAUCUUGGACUUUUUGAGCCACAGUGAAAUAAUUUUACAACAGAUAGAGAUAACAGCAAUGUAGAGAAUAUGUUAAAAAUGGGCGAAAAAUAAAAUUAACUGUUGUUUUAA